AUGUGUUUGUUGGUAGUAGAGGAUGGAGUUUCAACACGAGACGUGCUUGAGCAGAUAGACGAGCUGCACAAGUUAACUGAAAAACCCAGAGAGGAGUUCAUAGUUGUGCCGCCAUUUAAACAUAAACCUGAACAUUUUAAGAUGUUUAACGUCUGCACCAUGGAGGAGAUAUUCAGCACACUGAGAGACCUGUCUGAAAAAGAUUACAAGCCACCCCAAAAAAGGUGUGCUGGGAAACCUACCACUGAAAUGGAGGCACAGACUUCGAAAUCCUUUAUUUCAGGUGUAUGUGAUUAUUUUAAAAGGUCUUCCACUGAAAAGAGGAACGGUUCAAAUGAAAAUCUCUCUGACACCAAAGUGAACCUUGUUCUGCUGGGAAUGUCGGGGACUGGAAAGAGUGCGACUGGAAAUACAAUCCUUGGAAAGACAAUCCUUGAAAAGACAAAAUUCUUGUCAGAAGCCAGUUCAAUGCCGGUCACCACAGAGUGUCAGGCAGCAGAAACUGAGAUAAAUGGUACACGUGUGCGUGUCAUUGAUACUCCAGACAUGUUUGAUGAUGAAAUGAAUUCAUCAGUUAGGAAUCAUCAUGUAACACAGUGCAGACAGCUCUGUCAGUCAGAUCCUUGUGUUUACUUACUUGUGAUACAAGUUGGCAGAUUCACAGAUGGUGAGAGAGGCAUACUGAAAAAGGUUGAAGCAGCUUUUGAUCUCAAAGCUGAAAAACAAAAAAAUAAAAAAAUAAUCAUCCUGUUUACCUGUGGAGAAAAUCUGCAGCGUAAAAAGAUGAGCUUGCAGGUUUUUUUGCAGAAAUGCCAUCCUGCACUCAGUGAGAUAGUUGAACAGUGUGACAGAAGGUGUGUUGUUUUUGAGAAUAAAACCUCACGUCAGCAUCAAGUAACAGAGCUAAUGCAGACAGUGAACAGGAUGUUAAAUAAACAGCAGAAUCAAUAACUGUUCAUGUAUCAGACCAGAUCAAUAAAGUGAUGGAUGUGAUUUCUUGUAUAUACAUAAAAACAGUUCAGACUGUAAAAUGAU